AUGGACUGGACCAAGCUGUCACGCAAGAAGCUCAUAAUCGGCGCCUUGGCCGUUUCCAUGGUAACCAUCAUCCUGGGUCUGGGACUGGGUCUGGGCCUGGAUCUGCAGAAAUGUAAAAACAAAGUCGUCCCUCACACUUCCUGCAGGGGUCGAUGUUAUGAACCCUUCGACGGCGACGUCCCCGGAUGCAGAUGUGACGUCAACUGUAACGUCACCGACAGCUGCUGCUACGACUACCACGACACCUGCACCGUUCCCACCCAACAGUGGGAGUGUACGAAGCUGCGAUGUGGAGAGAAGAGGCUGUCGCAGAGCAGGUGUCACUGCUCCGACGACUGUCUGUCUGCAGGAGACUGCUGCACCAACUACAAACAUGUCUGCCACGGAGAACCCCAGUGGGUGGAGGAUGAAUGUGAUGACCUGUCCACCCCCACCUGUCCAGAUGGGUUCAGUCGUCAGCCGCUGCUGCUCAUUUCAUUGGACGGUUUAAGAGCGGAAUACCUGCAGACGUGGAGUCACCUGAUCCCAGUCCUGCACAAACUCAAGACAUGUGGGACAUCUGCGCCGUACAUGCAGGCGGCGUUUCCCAGCAAGACCUUCCCCAACCACUACACCAUCGUCACGGGUUUGUACCCAGAAUCCAACGGUUUAAUCGACAACAGCAUGUACGACCCGGUGAUGGACGCGUCCUUCAGUCUGUCCAGUCCAGAGAAGGACAACCCGGCCUGGUACCUGGGUCAGCCCAUCUGGCACACGGCCAAACACCAGGGUUUGAAGUCCGGAACCUUCUUCUGGCCUGGAUCGGACGUCAAAAUAAACGGCAGCUUCCCCGACAUCUACCGGCCGUACAACGGUAAAAUUCCGUUUGAAGAGCGAGUGUUGACGGUGUUGAAGUGGCUGCAGCUUCCACACGAUCAGCGGCCUGAUUUCUUCACCUUGUAUCUGGAGGAACCUGAUAAAUCUGGACACAGCUUCGGCCCAGUCAGUGGGGGACUGAUCGAAGCUCUUCAGGGCGUGGACCGGAUCAUGGCUCAGCUCAUGAACGGCCUGAAACAGCUCCGCCUCCACCGCUGCGUCAACGUCAUCAUCGUGGCCGAUCACGGGAUGGAGUCCACCAGCUGUGACAGGAUGGAGGUUCUGGAGGACCUGGUUGGAGACAUCAGGAGUCUGUGGGUGACGGAGGGACCGUUUGGACGGAUCCGAGCCAAGGACAAACACACCGUCUUGGACUCUCCUGGACUGGUGGCCAACAUGACUUGUAAGAAACCAGACCAAAAGAUCAAAGCGUAUCUGAAGUCCAACCUGCCGAAGCGUCUCCACUUCGCAAACAGCCGUCGAAUUGAAGAUGUCAACGUCCUGGUGGAUGCUAAGUGGCUGUUUGAGAGGUAUCCGGGGUCGUUGACCUUUUGUUCUGGCGGAGCUCACGGCUACGACAACGACUUUGAGAGUAUGCACGCCAUGUUUCUGAGUUACGGGCCACAGUUUCAACCCAACACCCAGGUGGAGCCUUUUUCCAACGUGGAGCUGUAUAACCUCAUGUGUGACGUUCUCCAGAUCCGUCCGGUUCAAAACAACGGGACUCAUGGGAGCCUGAACCACAUCCUGAGGCGUCCGUUCUUCAGUCCGAAGGGGCCGGAGGAGGGCAGCGUUCCGGGUCAGUGUCCUCUGGUCAGUCUGGACCCGGCCGACGGUCUGGGAUGUUCCUGUCCGACCCUGAUCGGAAACAGCAUCAACAGUCGACUGAACCUGACGACAGCUGAAGUUUCCUCCUCAGAGCAGCUCCACCUGUUGUUCGGUCGUCUCGGACUUUGCGUCCAAUCAGACUUCUGCCUCCUUCAUCAUCAGGGCUUCGUCAGCGCCUUCAACCAGCGGACGCUCAUGCCUCUGUGGAGCUCCUCACCGUCCAACAAACCGAUGACCUUUGACCCUCUGCCUCCGCCGAUUCCCGACUGUCUGAGACCUGACGUCCGUCUGUCCGUCAGCCCCCGCUGUGACCAGUACGAGUCUGCUGGAAACGUAACACCCGCCUUCCUGUACCCCCCCAAUCUGAAUGACACUGUGGAGCAGCAGUUCGAUGCCCUGCUCAUGAGCAACGUGGUGCCCAUGUUCCCCGAGUUCAAGAAAAUCUGGGACUAUUUCCACAACUCCCUGUUGAUGAAAUACUCCUGGUUUUACAACGGCAUCAACGUGGUGACCGGUCCGGUGUUCGACUACAACUACGACGGCAGAUACGACACUGCAGAGCAGAUCCAGCAGUUCGUGUCGGGCACAGACGUUCCCAUUCCCACUCAUUUCUUCGUGUUGUUGACCAGCUGUGGAGACUCGGAUCAGCCCGUCACUUCCUGUGUCGGACCUCUGCAGACCGUGUCCUUCCUGUUACCUCACAGACCCGACAAUUCAGAAAGCUGCAAAAGCUCAGAGGCUGAAGCUGAUUGGGUGGAGCAGCUCAUGUGGUUCCACCAAUCACGAGUGCGGGACGUGGAGUGGAUCACAGGACUGGACUUCUACCAGGACAGCGGGCGACCAAUCCCUGAGCUGCUGCGGCUGAAGGCCCGCCCCACCGCUGCCAUUCACCCAAAACAGUGACACGCGUCGUCGACU